AUGAGACCCCAAAGAGUUUCUCCUGAAAAGGACGCCUUGUACUUCAUUGCUUCUGGGAAAGAUAAAGACACAUUUGAGAAAAAAAUCAUAUCUGAAGAGAAAGGUUUUGGAGUAAUCACCACAAAACAUAUUGAGCCUGGAGAAUUCCUGCUGGAGUAUGUUGGAAGACACAUGUCUGAAUCUGAAGGAGAGGCCCUGUUCAAAGACUACUCAGCUGAAGAUGCAUUUUUUUUAUAUUUCUACUCCUUUCAGGGACAAUCUUGCUGUGUUGAUGGCAGUAAAGAUACAGAAAGACUCGGAAGAUUCAUAAAUAAUGAUCACGUCAAGCCAAACAGCAAAAUUAAAAUAAUAAUGGAUGAAAAGAAAAUGCCACAUCUGUGUGUAUUUGCGUUAACAAAAAUCAACGCAGGAGAAGAAAUUGUCUAUGACUUCGGAGAUCCUAACUGCCCAUGGAGACGGAAAACCAGUACUUCCACAUUCAGAGAGAUCAAGGAAAAUAUGGAAUCACGAUGGAAGAAUUCAUUUGUAAACCUUGAUUUAAAGCCUGGUGUGAUGAAAAUUGAUGACCUUGUUAUCAACACAGAAAUGAAGAUUGCAAAUGGAUGCAAUGCUGCUGAGAUUUUCCCAGGAGUCUUCAACAACUGUAAAGUUGCAGUGAAACGAGUUGCCAAACAUGUUUCCAAACCUGAAAUGGAAAUGGCUCAUUUCCUGAGUACAAAAAAUGUACAAGCAAAGCACCUUCUGCAACACAUUUCAGUGUUGGAAGACACUUACUUUGCCUAUUUUGUCUCACCUCUUUGUGAAUAUAAUUUGAUGGAGCUGAUUGAAAACAAGGAUUUUCCUGAAAGAAAAGGCCUGAAAGAGAAUCGAAGACUAGAGAUCUGCCAGGAGUUACUGCAAGGACUUCAGGAACUACAUUCAUAUGGAAUUUUGCACAGAAACCUGAAGCCUAAAAAUAUUUUGUUUGAUAUCAACAACAAACUGUACAUCGCAGACUUUGGAGCAAGCAGAAAACUGAAUCUGGCACUAACCACACUUCUCGCUCAAAUGCCUUGGUCAAGUUAUGAAGAUGUUGGAGGCAUGCAAUACAAAUACAAGAAAGAAUCAGAUAUCCAGGUCGCAGGGUGCUUGGUGCAUUACAUCCUGACGGAUGGGCAACACCCCUAUCAGACAACUACACCCUACUCAAAGGAUCCAGUUGGGCUAUCUUUAAAUGUCAGAAUGGGUAACUUCACUCUUCAAUGUGAAGAAAGAUGGACAAGACAAAAAGAUAUUAUUAGCAGAAUGCUGUCUAAAUCGAUUGAAGAACGUCCCACCAUUGAGGAAUGCCUUCAGUCUUUCACAUGUUUCAUACACCAGUCUGGAACCACAAACAACAACAGCAAUGUGAAUGAAAAUGAAGACAGAACCCAUACAGCUGAUUGCUGUCCCCAAACAUCAGAUGAGAUGGACAUCCUAGAGAGUACUGACAAUGAUAAGCCUGAAAGUGUUUGCUGUGACGUGAUGGAUUCAUCUUCUCACACUGAGGAGGAAUUAUAUGAGUCUGAAAUGGGUUCCCUUACCCUGGAAAUGUCAGAAGAAGAAGAAGAAGAAGAAGAAGAAAUAAAAAAAGCUGAAGGACAAGUAGCAGAAGGUAUCCGAAGAAAACCACUUAAGAAGACUUGGAUGGAAAUUGAUGAAAGUGCCAAUGACUGUAGCUAUCAACAACAUAAUAUCACAGUGAAAAUGUCCUCAAACAGUGUACAUCAACGCAUCUAUGACAAGAAGAACUACUGUCUUUACUGUGAGAAGCCUUAUCUAAAAAUUGCAAGACAUCUAAAGCAGAAACAUUCUGAAAAAGUUGAAGUUGCCAAGGCACUGGGACACAUCCGAGGCUCAACCAUGCGUACUCUUUUAUUAUCCAAAGUAAGGAACCUGGGAAACUUCCACCAUAACAGUUCAGUCCUAUCCUCUGGGAAAGGAGAGAUCAUACCAAAAAGACAAGCAACUUGUGAGUCAACAGCAAUGGACUAUUUUCCUUGCAUGUUUUGCUUUGCUAUGUAUGUUAAAACGGCUCUCUGGAGACAUCACAAACGUUGCAAAUUACGAGUGAAAGAGAAUAUGCCAGUGGAAUGAAAAGUUCAGGCAAGUUGUUCUCUGUUGUUGCCCAUGGACUCUGAAGUUUCCAGUGGACUUAACCAAAUUAGGUAAAGGUAGACUAGACAUCACUCGC